GCACUUUUUUUUUUUUUUGCACAAACUACAAUUUUUUUGUCGGUUCUGUUUCAUUCCAGUAAGGAGUUGAUGAAUCAGCCAGUAUCCAUGCCUUGCGGGCACAGUGCUUGUAAGACCUGCCUUCUGGAGAUGAUCUCCAAACAGAGCAUUGGCUCGAGACCUUGCACCUGCCCGCUCUGUCGAGCAAGGAUCGAAGGGGACAAGUUAAACGUUAACGUAACAGUUAGCGCUUUGAUUGGAAGGAUCCAGGUGCGUUGCACUAAUGUCGGCUGCUCCUGGGUUGGAAUGCAUAGCGAGAAGGAAACGCACAUGGACACUUGCCCCUUCAUGGUUAUUGACUGCCCCAAUGGACCUCGUGGCUGCUUGGUUAAACCAGAGAGGUAUGCGCUGAACCUGCACAUAGCAUCCUGCCCCUUUGAAAAAGUCCCUUGUUUUCAUUGCCACAUAGGAGUGGAGAGAUCGACACUUGCUAGCCACGAGGACAACUGCCGAGAAAUUCCACGGCCCUGCCCCCUUCAGUGUGGAGAACAGUUACCAAGGUAAGUUUGUUUGACAGCCGAGGCACUCGAUGCAUUUCUAGUUAAGGUUACCCAAAACUAGACAGUAAGACACACUUAAAAACGUAAUUCGAGAUCCGAAACUAACAGCAAAUUUAAGUCGAUGCAUAAAGCGAUAGAAAGUAAUUGAUAGAAACAGUUGAAACGGUUAAGCGAUAGAUCUGAAUGGUUUACGGUCGAGUCGCCCGAAGUCAUGUCGCCCGGAACCUGUGUCGUGUUGCCCGAAAAAAGUCGGCGGCCGUAGAAUCAAAUAAUUUAAAAGAUCAGAUUUUCAGACUUUAAUUAGACAAUUAAACGAGAAAUCUUUUUUAUUAAAGCGCUAUUGUUUCCGACAACACCAUGAAGAUUCUAAAACCAUUGUUCGUUUCUAACAACAAAAUGAAGCGGUUUUUUUUUUCACUCGUUUCGUACCACAGACUUUCUGUAAAAGCUUGAGAAACUUUAUCUUUGUUUAUGACAUUGCCAUGAAGACUUCGACUGCACAGAAAUCGAUCGUUUGUUCAGAACUGAGAUAUGUUUGAGUAACGAUUCGGAAAGCGUUGUUCUUUUCUUACAACAAAAGGAAGCGUUGUUCGUUUCUAUAGAAACAAAAUGCAGCACACAGGCCUUUCGUACUCUGUUGAUUCGUACCCAGUGGGAAUCGUUUCGUUCCCAACCCGCUAGUAGAUUGGCACUCAGCUGUUCAGAAACGUCGCUUACUUCACUCAACCUAAGAUUGCGAAUUAUUAAAGCGUUAAACCAGAGAGAACUAUCGAUCCCUGAUAACCGUAGUUUUAAACUAGCGAGAAAAAUCGUUAAGUAGUUCUAAAGUGAACUGAGUCCUACACCGAAAGGGAAAUGAUACUAUCAGACUACUAUUGUUAAAAAAAAAACAGUCACAAGCUUAAACAAUAGAAUAUUGUUAAAAAAAAAACCACACUUACCUUACGCAAGGUAGUAAGUUAUUUGUUACGAAGUUCGCAAAUAGAUACAGCAGAACUUUAUUUGCAUGUUACUCGCUUGACUUUUUACUAAAUCGUAGCACACGAUAAUCGAAAUUUAUUUAUUACGGUUUGGAGCAGCUUACGCAACGUCCAUGUGCUUUAUUUUUUGUUAUAGAAACGAAAUACGCUUCCCUUUGUUGUUAGAAAGGAACAAAGCUUUUAGGUUCGCUUCUCAAACAUAUUUUAAUUCUGACUAUAUGAUAGAUUUCUUUGUAGUCGAGGUCUUCUUUGUUUAGUCUGUAAGGUUUUUUUUUCGGGUGACGAUUGCAUUAUUUGACAACACAACUCAAGUUCCUGGUCAUUUCUUUGUUUACUUCUUCUGGAAUUUGAUGUGUUAUCAAAUAAAAAUCCGCGCGAUGAUGAUUUUAUUGUGGUGCAUCGCUUGUCUGUGAAUGUAUGAACACUAGGAAAAGGAUUACUACCCAAUCUUGUAACUGUAAUGGCUUGAUAUUUAGUUGAGCAGACUGUUUGUACAAAGUCUUUAUUGAUGCAUUUAACUCAUUUGUUCAUGUUUACAGAUCGCACAUCCACCUGCACCUUGGCGAUUGUCCACAACGUGUGGUAAAAUGUACAGUAAAGGGGUGCCACAAUUUUUACGCGCUUGAAGAGGAGGCCGAACACGAUAAACAGUACCAAGAAAGUCACCAGGUGCUGCUGAAGCAAGAGGUGGAGAGGCUAAGAGGAAUAAUAUUUGAUCAGGUGGGUGACGUUCGUCCGAGUUUACCUUGAUAUAGUGUAACAGUUAUAGUUUCAGUUUAUUCUUCUGUAUCAUGGCUGCCGCUCUUUUUUCCUCAAUGGUCUACAUGGCAGAAUUCUAAAUUUUUAAGAAGAUCUUGUUGUUUCUGUUGCUGCAGCAAACGAAGAGUGUUACGAUUUACCUGGUGUGAUAAACGUUGCCAAUGGUUACGUUUCCGAAUUCUGUCAAUUGUAAAGCUUGCGAAAGGCAGUAUAGUCAGUGCAGUUGUCAAUUUCACUGCUUAGUUGCAGUGGCUUGCGCGCUAUUGUUUACAGAGGCGGAGUUUUGCAUAUAUUAAUACACUCGCGGGAGUUUUAAAAAUCGGUCAACCGUGCUUCUCGACGUAAAAUUUAGGGUGGCCAAAGGUUGCUUCAAAAAAAAUCGGUUUUGAUGGUACUUCUAAGCCUCGUACGGCAGAGAAAAUUUUCACAAGCCCUCCUGAGAAAUGGAAGUAACUUUUCCAUAUGCUGACUCUGAAGUUUCGCGAAUACUUCAUCGGAUUUUUCAACUUGGAGAUCAGCUUCCAUACUCAAAUGCAUCUAAAAUUUCUAAUUUUCAAAGCAGUUUCGAUAAUGGUUAUAGAAACCGCAGAAAACAAACUUUAGUAUUAAUUUGUUCAUUGAAACCUCUUCUACAAAACCCAUAUGCCGGCAAAUAGCUAAGGCAAUUAGUUUUUUAUCAAGAGUGAAAAACGCAGGCGCAAGUGGGCGAUUUAUAGCCAUUUUCUCUAUUUUUUCGCUCUCUUUUCUUGGAGGACGGUUCAAAUUUACCGCAGAUGCAAUUAAAAGGUACCUGGGUGGGUCGCGGCUUCUGCGCGAUGAGUACGCGGAGCGUUUUGAGGAGACAUUUGACUGUAUACUGACUUAUACCUUGCUGAAUUUUUUUAGGCUGAUGAAACAGUACACAAAGUUUUAAAAAUAAGAAAGAGUUUUCGUUGGGCCGUUAAAAUGUCCGACCUGGCUGAUGGCAAAGAUGCCGCAAGUCCCUUCUUCAACGUAGAAAGAAGUACGUUGAGAUUCAUUUGGGCGAGAAAUUCGACUCCUCAGAAGUUUAUGUUGGAGCAGCUGGUCUCAUCGAUGCCACUCACGAUCAGUUUAAGGUAGGGACAGGUUAAUGUUGGUGAAGGCUUAGGCCACAUUUGAUGUAAGUAAAAAAAUAGAACUCAUCCAUUUCCAAAAAAAAACUCCGUUUCACGAUCUAGAUUCGAUGUUGUCUGUUAGCGGUACUUUUCUCUCUUGCGAUUGGCUAUCGAUAGCGGCUUUUCUUUUUUUUUUUUUUUUCAUAAUUGAUAGCAAACUAAAUGGCAUUACGAGCCAGUUGCACUUUAGCUGUGGCAAGCUUAAUAAGUUGAGGAAUAUUUCAAAAAUUAAUCAGAGCUGAUUCAACAGUUCCUUACUUUAUUUUUUUUUUCAGAAUUGCAUUACUUAAAGAUGAGCGGGUGCAGAAAGUGGUUGAAACACCCCGUCCAACGCUUGUAGACGAAGGGGGUGUUGUCAGUAUGGACGUCGACUUCGGACAGCACCCGAAUGACCAGGAUUUGGAAUUUAAAAUAACAGACAUUAUACACGAAAUAGUUCAAUGA